AUUUGCAUGCAAACAUUAAUUCCUAACCUCCAAUUUAGCCAUUAAUCUCUCAAUGCCAUUUCUCUUCCAAAAACAGUGGAGCUCCUCCCAGAAUCUACACAUCUCACUCAUGAUUCUUCACCCAAAAAUUUUGACCAAAAAAACCCUUUCUUGUUUUUUUUGGUUCUGGAGCUUCUUCUUGUCUCCAUGGCCAUUUGAACCCCAAAAAAAUAAAAAAAAAGUCCUUCAUCCCUUGUAAAAAUUUCAUCUUUUUGGUUCUUGGGUUGUUUCAAUUUUCAUGAAAAAUGUCCUUUAUCCCUUGAAAAAUUUCAUCUUUUUGUGUUUUUGUUUUUUUUGUUUAUAUUUCCUAUUCUAUUGAAAAAUCUCAUCUUUUUGGUUCUUGGGUUGUUUCUAUUUCCAUUUUAUUGAAGAAAAAAAAUCAUCUUUUUGGUUCUUUGUGUUGUUUCAGUUUUCUUGUAAAAUAUCCUUCAUCCCUUGAAAAAUUUCCACUUUUUUGCUUCUUGGGGUUGUUUCUAUUUUUUUAGUUUAUUCAGUUUUAUGUUUUAUUUAGUGGUGGCAUUAAUCUUCUUUAGGAAUUAAUUAAUUUGGAAUAUUAGAUGAAAUGGGUAAAGUUAGGAUAUGGUUACCCAUUUAUUAUUUGUUUAUGAUUCUUGUUUUGGGUUUUUCUCCAUGCGUUUGGUGUGCACCUCCUAGUAAACAAACUCCUCCUGCUAAUGCUAAUGCUAAUCCUACUGCUGUGCCUGUUCUUGCAUCUUUCAUUUAUGGCCAACUUGCAAAUCUUACAAAAGUAUUCCAUAAGGAUAUCACCCAGGUUUUGGGAUUUUGCAUUGAUGAUGUGGAUGCUGAGUUGUUUGAGGCAUUUAAUUUUGCCAAAAACUUGGAAUUCUUAAAUAAUUGCUUUAAAGAGACCAAAGACGUGACACAGAGGCUAUGUAACGCUGCAGAGAUGAAAUUCUACUUUUCAAGUUUUUUGGAGACAAAAUCAAGUCAAAAAGCUAAUAUCUUAAAACCCAAUAGGAAUUGUAACUUGACAUCAUGGGUGCCUGGAUGUGAACCAGGAUGGUCUUGCAGUGUUGGUAAAAAUGAGAAAGUUGACCUUAAGAAUGCAAAAGAUAUGCCUGAUCGUACUCGUGACUAUCAACCUUGUUGUGAGGGUUUUUUCUGCCCUAGAGGCUUGACUUGCAUGAUGCCUUGCCCAUUAGGUGCUUUCUGUCCUCGUGCUACACUCAACAAAACAAAUGGUUUAUGUGAACCAUAUUCAUACCAGUUACCUCCAGGCAAGGUAAAUCACACUUGUGGAGCAGCUGAUCGUUGGGGUAGUGAAACAGACGGUGGGGAGUUAUUCUGCUCACCAGGAUCUUACUGUCCAACUACCACCAAAAAGGUUAUUUGCUCGGAAGGGAAUUACUGUAGGAAGGGCUCUACGGCACCGAGAGAAUGCAUCAAGUUGAGUAAUUGCCACAAACAAUCAGACAAACAAAAGCUGCAUGUAAUUGGUUUUAUACUUAUUGGUGCUUUGAGUUUUAUACUGAUCAUCUUUUAUAAUUGCUCUGAUCAAGUCAUAAAUACUAAGUAUCAAAGAGUCGCCAAGUCCAGGGAGGCUGCAGCAAGACAUGCGCGAGAAACUGCACAAGCAAGAGAAAGGUGGGGAUUAGUAAAAGAUGUUGCUAAAAAACGUGCUUUUGGAUUGCAACAACAGGUAUCUCGCUCAUUCUCAAAGAAAAUGAGCGUGAAGCAAGGAGCAAGAGGAGCUUUCAACCUACCUAAAACUAACGAUGAAGCAUCCAUACCACCUAAAGGUCCUAGCAGCUCAUCCGGAAAAGGAAAGAAAAAAGAACCUAGUGAUCUCACGAAAAUGAUGCAUUCAAUUGAAAAUGAAACAGACAAUAUGGAGGGGUUCCAUAUGCAGAUUGGAGAUAAGAAUAUAAAGAAGCAAGCGAUCAAUGCUAAAAAACUGCACACUAGGAGCCAAAUUUUUAAAUAUGCAUAUGGUCAGCUUGAGAAAGAGAAAGCUAUGGAGCAAAAGACUAAGAAUAUGACAUUCUCGGGAGUUAUCUCAAUGGCAACUGAUGAUAAUACUGAGCUUAAGACUAGGCCUCCCAUUGAGAUUUCUUUCAAAGACCUGACCAUUACUCUAAAAAAGAAGCACAAACAUUUGAUGAGGUCUGUUACUGGAAAACUUAUGCCUGGUCGGAUUUCUGCCGUCAUGGGUCCAUCUGGAGCAGGGAAGACUACUUUUCUUUCUGCAGUGGCUGGCAAGCUAACACAAUGCACAUUAUCUGGGAUGGUUCUCAUAAAUGGAAGGGCAGAAUCUAUCCACUCAUACAAGAGAAUUACAGGUUUUGUUGCCCAAGAUGAUAUAGUCCAUGGAAACCUCACUGUGGAAGAGAACCUUCGAUUUAAUGCAAGAUGCAGACUAGCUGCAGACUUGCCAAAGGCUGAUAAGGUUCUUGUAGUCGAGAGAGUUAUUGAAUCAUUGGGUCUUCAGGCAGUUAGAGAUUCACUGGUUGGGACUGUAGAGAAGCGUGGAAUUUCUGGUGGCCAGAGGAAACGAGUGAACGUGGGGAUGGAAAUGGUCAUGGAACCUUCACUGCUAAUCUUGGAUGAACCUACAUCUGGUUUAGACAGCUCAUCCUCAAACUUACUUCUUAAAGCUCUUAGACGUGAAGCUCUUGAAGGUGUAAACAUUUGCAUGGUUCUUCACCAGCCAAGCUAUACCUUGUACAAGAUGUUCGAUGACUUGGUACUUCUAGCCAAAGGUGGUCUUGUUGCAUAUCACGGCCCUGUGAAAAAAGCAGAAGAAUACUUUGCAAAUCUUGGAAUCGCAGUACCAGAUCGUGUAAAUCCUCCUGACCAUUUCAUUGACGUCCUUGAGGGUAUGGUCAAACCAGGUGGAGGUGUGACCGUGGAACAACUUCCUGUCCGAUGGAUGCUUCAUAAUGGUUACCCUGUACCCCCAGAUAUGAUGCAACUGUGUGAUCAGAUUGCAAUGUCCUCCAAGGGUGUUGCAUCAGCUCCUGACCAAUCUUUUUCUGUUGAUGCAUGGCAUGAGAAGCGAGAUUCUCUGUCUCAUGGCUUGUUAAAAUCCCAUGACUUGUCUAAUAGAAACACUCCAGGCGUAAACCGGCAGUAUAGAUAUUAUCUUGGAAGGGUUGGCAAACAGCGAUUGCGAGAAGCUCAAAUACAAGCAGCAGAUUAUUUAAUCCUCUUGGUUGCUGGAGCAUGCUUAGGAAUCCUAUCCAGCCAGAAGGGUGACACCUUUGGAUACUCCGGCUAUACGUAUAGUAUCAUUGCUGUGUCACUCCUCUGUAAGAUUGCAGCAUUGAGAUCCUUUUCAUUAGACAAGUUAGAAUACUGGAGGGAGAGAGAAAGUGGCAUGAGCAGUCUAGCUUAUUUCCUUUCUAAGGAUACAAUAGACCAUUUCAAUACUGUUAUAAAGCCUUUGGUUUACCUGUCUAUGUUCUAUUUCUUAAAUAGUCCAAGAUCAUCCUUUGGCACCAACUACCUGGUUUUCCUCUGCCUCGUAUACUGUGUGACUGGAAUAGCUUAUGUGUUUGCCAUCUGCUUUGCACCUGGACAGGCACAACUGUGGUGUGUUCUUGUUCCUGUUGUUUUGACUCUCAUUGCAAACCAGGAACCAGACAGUACUGCCGGAAAAGUAGCUAAGUUUUGUUACCCAAGGUGGGCUUUGGAAGCAUUUGUCGUUGCAAGUGCCCAGAGAUAUUCAGGAGUAUGGUUGAUAGCAAGAUGUGGCAAAUUAUUGGAGCUAGGCUUUGAUGUGCAUAGCUGGAAUACUUCUCUAAUUUUACUGAUUCUCACUGGUGUAGUUAGUCGUUUAAUAGCUUAUGUUUGUUUAGUCUGUAUUAAAAAGAAAUAAACUAUUUUUUUCUUCUUCUUAACAUAUAUUGUUGUUUACAUCAAGAUUAAAAAAAAAAAAGAGGCAUAGGUUUAGGGGCUUUUGGCAUAUAAUGUAUAUUGCAACAAGGUUUUUUGACACUGUGCUAAAGUAGCUUGUUCAUUGAUGGAAUGGGAGAAGGGAUGAUUUUUUCGAUAAAUAAAGUGAAAGUCUGAUGGA